CGCCCCCACAUCUCUCCCAUUUUAACCAUCUCCGCAAUAUUUUCUCUUAUCUCUCGGUCUUGGGUUUUGUAUCAUUGGGUUUGCAGAGAUGAGGAAGCCUUGCUGCGAUAAGCAGGACACGAACAAGGGGGCAUGGACUAAGCAGGAAGAUGAGAAGCUCAUAGCUUAUAUCCGGAAGCACGGCGAGGGGUGCUGGCGAUCCCUCCCUGAAGCCGCAGGUUUGCUACGUUGUGGGAAGAGUUGCCGAUUGAGAUGGAUCAAUUACCUGAGACCCGACCUCAAAAGAGGCAAUUUUGCUGAGGAUGAAGAGGACCUCAUCAUCAAGCUCCAUGCACUCCUCGGAAACAGGUGGUCGUUAAUAGCGGGUAGGCUUCCUGGGCGCACGGACAACGAGGUGAAGAACUAUUGGAACUCCCAUCUCCGGAGAAAGCUCAUAGGCUUGGGGAUCGACCCCAAGAACCAUCGCAUGGCCCACACCCUUCCGCGUCAGCACUUCCACUGCUGUUCCCGGACCGACCCGAAGAAGGACCCACUGCCAAUGUCCACCGUCCAUGUGGAGACUGACCAGGUCUCGGAUGCUGCCAGCUGUUUGGAUGACGACACUUCGGCUAGUGUGCCUAACCUCAACCUGGAACUAAGACUGAACCAACCCUCUCCAUGUGUGGCAGGCAUCGCGCCGGUAGAGGAAGAAAUCGACACGAGGGAGUUCCGCUCAUGCAAAGAUGAGCAGGCUCCUCCUUCUCCAAUUUUGCUUCUAUUUUUAUAGAUGAUGAUGCAAUUGGGGAUAUGGGGUCGGGGUAUCGGUGGUUAGGGGUGCAGAUGUCUUAACAUAACGUCCCACCUUCCAUUCCCACCGUUAACAUAAAAUAAAUAAAUAGAUAGAUGGUGAUAAUUGAUGACACAUCAGAAGAGAUGAAUGUUAGGAUGUAUUGAGAAGAUGAGGAUUACCCGAAGAAAGAAAAGGCCUGGUUUUAUGCCCGAAGGCCAUGUAGAAAGACAUAUAUAGACGUUGGUUCCGUUCUUCUUCCCUUAUGACUGGUUGUUUUGAAAGUCCCGCUCUUCUAGCAGGCCUAAGCUUUUGAAGUUGGGCCAAGUGUACAUGUGAGAUGGGCCCUUAAUUGACCCUUUGCACCUGUUAUGUAGGACCAAGAAACCGAAUAGUUACUUAUUUUAGAGUUGCCCUAUUCCUCUUGUCUAUCCAGGUUAUUCACGCCUCUUAUAUGAAAAGAAAGUGUGUUGUGUCUAGUGUGAUGUAGAAUAUAGAGGACUACGUUUGCAGUAACUAGGGGCAAGCUAUGAAUGAUUCAUUUGAAGAUUUUUACAAGGUAUACAUUUUACAAGGUAUAUUUAGUUCUUUGCAAAGUAUUCACUCUUUAUAUGAAUUUUGCAAGGUAUUUAAGCAUUUGCAAAGGAUACCUUAUUGUGUUUAGGGCUGGGGCUGGCAACGGCCAGACCAGCCCAGGCUUUAGCCCUAGCACUAGCCCAGCCCCAUUCCCUUUGUGAGCCGGCCCUGGCCCUAUCAGGGCCAGGCCAGGACAAGCCCAACCGGGUAAAGCUAAAGAAAAACAAGACAAAAGAAAAGAAAUAUGCUCCAGGCCCGGCUGAACUGGGCUUCGCCACCCUCCCAUUGCCAACCCUAAUUGUUUCUAAUGAGAAGUACAGAAGAUUAUGCCAUUAGGACAUGGUGGAUUUAGAAGACAUGGAAGAUUUGCAAGGUGUAACGUAAGGUCCCACGCUUGUUACUUUCGAAUAAAUUUUUACAGGGUAGUUGUAGAGGUUGUAUGGUUGUAAACAGUGAAGUCUAGUGAAAAUGUUUGUUGACAGAUAAAUCUUAUUUUCACUACUCUGUGGCUUAAUGGUUGAUAGACUGAUAAGGUUUUUUUUUUUGUUGUAGGAAAAAAGGGUACUUUCCUUUCGGUUGUAGACCACAUACUUGUGCUUCCAUAUUUCAAGUUCAUCACAAAAUGAACGACAUCCUUUUAUUCACCAAACAUUCAAAGCAGCACAAUUCUGUUC